CCAGCAGACUCGCGCCAGUUUUCGCAGCUGUCCUCGAGAACCUGUUGCGUUUUUAGUCUCUGAAAGCGUUUCCCAAGCGAAAUAUUCACAUAUUUAUCCUAGAGACGCAGUUCACCUCUCCGCGAUAAACAUGGCACCCAAGGAUUAUAUGGCGGAGAAAGAGAAGUGCAAGCGCUUCCUGCAGGAGUUCUACAGCGAGGACGAGUCGGGGAAGAAGGUCUUCAAAUACGGCGCUCAGCUGGUGAGAUCCUACAGUUCCUGCAGACGAGCUCCAUCAGUGUGUGAGACGCCGCUCACCUGUGUGUGUGUGUGUGUGUGCGUGCAGGUGUCGCUGGCCCACCGAGAGCAGGUGGCGCUGCUGGUGGAUCUGGACGACGUGGCGGAGGAAGACCCUGAGCUGGUGGAGAGUGUGUGUGAGAACGGCAAACGCUACGCAGGACUGUUUGCAGACGCGGUUCACGAGCUGCUGCCGGAGUACAGAGAGCGAGAGGUGGUGGCAAAAGACGCCUUGGACGUUUAUAUCGAGCACCGGCUGAUGAUGGAGACCAGGGGUCGUGACCCCGCAGACACGCAUGACUCCAGGAACCAGUAUCCGUCUGAACUCAUGCGCAGAUUUGAGGUGUACUUCCGGCCGCCCUCGACGCUGAAGCCGCGGGUGGUGCGCGACGUGAAGGCCGACAGCAUCGGUCAGCUGGUCACCGUCAGAGGGAUCGUCACCAGAGCCACCGAGGUCAAGCCCAUGAUGGCCGUCGCCACGUACACAUGUGACCAGUGCGGCGCCGAGACCUACCAGCCGAUCUCCUCUCCCAGCUUCACUCCGCUCAUCAUGUGUCCCAGUCAGGAGUGCGUCACCAACAAAUCAGGCGGCCGGCUGUACCUGCAGACGCGAGGGUCAAAGUUCAUCAAGUUCCAGGAGCUGCGCAUUCAGGAGCAUAGUGAUCAGGUGCCGGUGGGGAACAUCCCUCGCUGCAUGAGCAUCUACGCUCGCGGAGAGAACACGCGUGUUGCUCAGCCCGGAGAUCAUGUGGCCGUUUCUGGGAUAUUCCUGCCUCUGCUGCGCUCGGGGUUCAGACAGGCUGUGCAGGGUCUGCUGUCGGAGACGUAUCUGGAGUGUCACUGCAUCACUCUGAUGAAUAAGACUGAGGAUGAUGAGCUGGGAACUGAAGAGCUGAGCGACGAAGAGCUGCGGCAGAUCACUGAGGAGGACUUCUACGAGAAGCUGGCGGGCUCGAUCGCCCCUGAGAUCUACGGCCACGAGGAUGUGAAGAAGGCUCUGCUGCUGCUGCUGGUGGGGGGGGUGGAGCAGGCGCCGCGGGGCAUGAAGAUCAGAGGGAACAUCAACAUCUGUCUGAUGGGAGAUCCAGGCGUGGCGAAGUCUCAGCUACUGUCAUACAUCGACCGACUCGCCCCUCGCAGUCAGUACACCACGGGCCGCGGCUCCUCUGGCGUAGGGCUAACCGCGGCGGUGAUGCGUGACACGGUGACGGGUGAAAUGACGCUGGAGGGCGGAGCUUUAGUGCUGGCGGAUCUGGGCGUUUGCUGCAUCGACGAGUUCGACAAGAUGGCCGACGCUGACCGCACGGCGAUCCACGAGGUCAUGGAGCAGCAGACCAUCUCCAUCGCCAAGGCGGGGAUCAUGACUUCUCUGAACGCGCGAUGCUCGAUCCUGGCGGCGGCUAACCCGGCGUACGGACGCUAUAACCCGCGCAAGAGCCUGGAGCAGAACAUCCAGCUGCCGGCGGCGCUGCUCUCGCGCUUCGACCUGCUGUGGCUCAUCCAGGACAAACCCGACGCCGACACCGACCUCCGACUCGCGCAGCACAUCACAUACGUGCACCAGCACUGCCGGCAGCCGCCCACACACUUCAGCCCCAUCCAGAUGAAGCUCAUGAGGCGCUACAUCAGUAAGUGUAAGCAGAAGCAGCCGGUGGUUCCCGAGUCUCUGUCGGAUUACAUCACAGCGGCGUACGUGGAGAUGAGGAAAGAGUCUCGGGUCAGUAAAGACACCACCUUCACCUCGGCCCGCACACUGCUGUCCAUCCUGCGCCUGUCCACCGCCCUGGCUCGUCUGCGGAUGGUGGAUGUUGUAGAGAAGGAGGAUGUUAAUGAGGCGAUGCGGCUGAUGGAGAUGAGCAAAGACUCGCUGCAGGCCGACAAGACCAGCAACACCAGGGCUCAGCGUCCGGCGGAUGUGAUCUUCUCUCUGCUGCGGGAGCUCUCCGGCGAGGGUUCGGCCCGAUCCGUGCGGAUGAACGAGGCGGAGCAGCGCUGUGUGUCACGCGGCUUCACUCCGGCCCAGUUCCAGGCCGCGCUGGACGAGUACGAGGAGCUGAACGUGUGGCAGAUCAACCAGGCCCGCUCGCGCAUCACCUUCGUGUGACCCGCUAACCCUCCGCUGACUCACCCGUUUCGGCUUCUCCCGCUAGUGUGGAAGGAGCAUGUUUGGUUCGUUUCGCUUUUAAUCUGUUAUUUCUGAAAUAAAUGCUGUAAAUAGAU